UGUCUGGAGAUGUGAAUUCUUCUUGGACUCACUAGAAUAUCUGUGACUAUCUCCUAGAAAUUGAUAUUUAAAACAAUGAUGGAAGUAAUUUAAUGGAAUUCCCCAGCCAAAUAAUAUCAAUGAUGUUUAAUCAGGAUGGUGGCCUGGUGAUCAGCAAAAAAAGAAAAAUCGUAAGGGAAUGGAUGUGGCCUUCAAAGGGAAAACUUGAUGAUCCAGUUGACAUUUGGGUGAACAAGUUCAUUCAAGUGGAGAUUUCUGGGCGCUUUGCUAUCACCUUGGUUUACCAAUGGCAUCUUCAAAGUCUAAAGCUAUCUCUGGCACCUGUAAAAUGCAAGUUUUUUCCUCCAUCCUUACCUGAGGAGCCAAGUUUAACAGACACAAUGAAAAUGGCUACAUUUGAUCCUAAAAUGGACAUAAACCCUAUGUCUGACAUCGCAACAGGUAUUAAAUUAAGAAGACUACAGAAGAAGGUCAAGCACAUCCUAUUUCACUGGCUGGAUUACUACAGAUUUGCAUUGGGAAUAGAAUCCCUACACAUUGGCAAAAUGCCCAACGUUCCAAAAAAAGUGAUCAGAAAACAAAAAGUCUCAUCAGCAAGAUUUCCUCUGCAACAAAGUGCAGAGGGAAAAGAUGAGAAUAAGGAGUAUCUUCGAUACCGGAAUACCUUCCUAAAACUGAAAGGUGUCUUUAAUCCUGUGCCUCUCUUUCACAUCCCGAAGACCCCAGUCAGAGAUCAGUCCUUCAGGCUUCCUCCUCCUUCCAUUGAGAGCAAGGAUGGACGGUUUUCUUCCCAGUUGCUUUGUCCUGUGGUCCUCAGGAGGACAUUGUGUGGGAAGGAAGGGGGCACAUGCCAAUGUAGCACUUACAGCAUCCCUGAAGUGACAGACCUGGAGUAUGAUCACCUUAUAAGCAACCAGCUGUCCUCCAUGGAUCAGGUCAUUAUAGUCCAUGUGUUCUCAGCUAAUGAAACGGACAAGACUAUAAUAGAAAUGGCCAAAGUGUAUAGGAAACUGAACAGAUUCAAAAGCAUGCCUUGCAUUCAGAGUUGUUCAGAUCCCUUUCGAAUGCUCAAAUACAACAUCACCUCUGCAUGUAAAUUUACUGGCGGCAGUUGUCCACUUCUGGUUCAAAGGCACAAUGUCAUUCCAGGAAUAUUUUUGAUGUACAUUCGGGGAAAAUUAGUAUUUGCCAACUUUAUUUUCAAUGGUUAUAGCACAUCGGCUGAAGACCUUCAAAAGCAAAUUGUGAAGACAAGGAGUGAUUAUUACACAGGAUAUUUCCUACCCAAGGACUUCAGGAUUCACUAGAGUAACUAUACAUACUCAACUUUCUCACACUUUCAAUUAGUAAAUCCCAGGCAAGGACCACAUUUCAAGAAUUGCCUUUAUGAAUGCUUGUGUCUUGCUUCAAAUCUUUUCUGGAAAGAGGUAGCUAAUCUAUUUAAAAUUUCAGCCCCCAUCCAUAUGAGGCAUCUUUGAGCUUGCUGACAGGACACCAUGAGCUAAGCUUACCCUCAAGGGUUGAGAAAAUUUACAAACAAUAAAUUAUCACUGAAAUUAAAUGGUAGUGACGGGUCCAAUAUUGUGUGUGGGGGGUGGGGAUUCAAUCCCUUUAUGAAUCUUGUGAUAGAUGAAUGUAUGGAGGUG